UUUUGUUGCCAUACCAACCGCUGCUGCACCCCUAGAAAAAAAGACUCGGCUAGUAGGAGCCAUGCCCAUUAGCUAGCAGCCGAGUUCAUUAAAAAUAAAUGUAUUAUAUUAACUAACGUGAAAAAUGAGGGACGCCACUCUGUGGGGGCAGAACUGGCUUUGAGUUUUGUGCAGGCAGCUGACAUCUUGGACGACUUCGCAGGUGACACCAUGCGCCUGGCGCCCGCUGCUGCUGAAGACCAACGUGUUUGACUGAGAAGUCGUCGUCACUGCUGUCGCCAUGGGAACGACAACGAGUGAGCCGUGUAUCUACGACAAACUGUCUGAGAGCAUCGACAUCCUCCGACAGUCGGGCUACCGCUACGGCAUGUCAGAGCGGGAGAUUGAGAGGUUCAUCAAGCAGGUCCUGGAGACCAACGAGCCCAGAAGAGAGCCUCCCCAAUUCCCCAUCCUUAGAGCCACCAUCAAGUUUGUGGUGGCUGUGGGCUUCCUGCUGGUGGUGGUGCUGGCUUUCACCUACCCCCAGAACACCCCCCAGCUCGGACUGGUCAACCUGGGCUGCUACAACUGGUCGUCCCCUCUAACCCAUGUCCGACUGCUCUCAUUGCCCAUCGCCAAGAAGUACAACCUGCAAGGUUUCCAUGAGUGGUGGAGUGCCGGCUCUCUCAGGCACAGUCUGGUCAACUGUUCGGGAUGUGCAGACAUCACCUCUGUGAUGGAAGUCCCAGAGAGCCUCAGGGGGACGGUGACUCUACGGCGGGGGCCACAGCUUGUCCUGCUGAAGGGCGGGGAGUCUCUCAGCGUCCAGCGGCAGCAGCUCGAGGAGCUGUACUUGGCCCAUUCAGGCUCCAUGUCCAUUCUCCUGGAGGAGGACGACAGCCUGCAGAACCACAACCAUGGCCUCCCUCAGGGGCCUGCCAACUUCACCCUGCUCUGGAGGUUCAGCUCUGGGACCAGGGAGAAGGUGUUGAGGUGGCUCUUCCCCAAGGCUGAACUCUGCCCCCUGCUGGACAGCGCUGGGACCAUCCUGCAGCGCUGCCUGGUCAUCCACAGCACAAACUCCCAGAGCAAGGGUGUCGAGGUGUUGGGCUGGCUGGUGGUGGGCGAGGGGCUGCCCACAGUUCGAGUUCUGCCCGUUCAACGCUGCCAGAAACACUGCAGCUCCUUCAACCUGUGGCUGACACCUGGAGACAUGGUGUACGCUGACCCUCGAUACUGGCAGAUGGAGCUCUUCCCCGGCCGAGGCCAGAACAUCAUCUGCGACGGUUCGGCCUUUUAACGCUGAAGGAGCGCAGAGUUCAGGACUGAAGUGAAACGCACAGAUCGGCCGUGAAUGUCUGAGGCGUUCAGGAGCUCGUCUGCCCUCCUGUGGCUCCGCCCACUGAUGCCUUAUAACUCCUCGCUGUCUCUCGACCUCCCGGCGCCCUCGUAGAAACCACUGCACACGUGACUUCAGUUUGGAAAAAGAGCUGUGGUCAGAGGACUGAGAAACGACUUUCAGACUUCGCCAACAUGUACUUGUGCCAUAGCAUCAAGCUGAUCUCUAGGAAUUAAAACCAAUCAUCAUCACGGGAUAGUUGACCUGAACCCCAGAAUCACCUCAGACACAUCUGGCACGUUUUCCGUGGAUCUCGUUGGCGAAUCUUCCUCAAGUUUGGUCGUUUAUAGCCAUGAGAGUCUGUCAUGAAUUUACAUGUUUCGUCACCGAUGAUGAUGAUGAAUCUACCACCAGAGAUCCUGUAUCAACGGAAAGUGAUCAGAGCGACCGCUUCUCAACCAGGAAACGCUAUGAACAUCACGUCAGAAGCAUGAAGAGGAGGUUAAAUGGAUGUGGAUCUGAUUUCCAGCCACCUGCAGCUCACAUCAGGCUGAAUGUCCAAACGAGAGACUUGGCCCCAUUCACCAUGGUGCAAUUAGUCCAUGAUAAUUUAAUUAAUUAAACUGAAACCAUCAAUUUAGCAACAAAGGGAGGAAAUCCUGCUUUCAGUCAUGUUCACCCAGUUAUUUUUAUUUUUUGCUCUGCAUUCUGGGAAAUUUAAAGGAAUCGAUUUUCACCACAUUAAAAAAAAGAUGUAAACAAUUGGUUUCACAAAACCUGACGUCUGCCCGCUGAGCGUUAAACUGUCAGCGAGGCACAAUUACUACAAGGCUCUCAGUUCAAUAAAAACACACCGUCAACAGCUGUUCUGACAUAUGUUGCAAUUUAAAUCAUUUCCCCUUUGGUUGAUCUCAUGUCUGAGUUGUUACAGACGUCAAACAAUCUUGACAUUUAAAAAUCAGCAGACGUUUAGAUAUUGAUGGUGAUUCACGUGGAUGAUAUUUGCUGUUCGGACGUCAUAUUGCUACAGAGUGGUGCUUCUUACUUGUGGGAACCAUCUUGGAGGGUGAACUGCACGGACAACAGACGCAUAUUUCAGCUCGGCGCCGACAUUAAGUACAGACGAUUAAAUUCACCAGCACGAUGUCGAAGGCCGGAAACUGCAAAAAUACUGCAGAACAUCUGGGUGAACUGAUUCCUUAACAGCCGGGUACAACUCUGACAAACACACAGCACAUCAGAAACGGAGGGUUUUAAAUGUUGAUUUUGCCGAUUACACAGACAAAGCUGCUUCUCUAAUUUCUCUCUCUUAUCUAAUGUCAUUAUUUAUUGUUACGAUUGUAUAUGUAUGUCAAGCCAUUCAUUUUAAUAAUUAAUGUUGUAAUAUUCUAUUUUUUUGAUUAUAACUUGUGUUUAUCGGUGCGGAUGGAAUAACGGCGGUGGGUAUAUUUUGUGUGUAAUCGGGGUUUUAGUGGCUCGUUUAAAAAAAAAAAAAAAGUCUGAAUGGUGUUGAAUCGGUUUGCCAAAGUUGUCUCUCAUCGGAUCUGCAUCUUAAAGACAACUUGUUGUGUUUCAGCAUGUCCAGAUGUCACGGCUAAAACUGAGCAGGACGUACGCUUUGCAUAGAGAUGUAAUAGUUUUAUGAGAAAAAAUAAAACGUAUCAUGUA